CAGAAGUUUCUAGUGAUUUUCGUUCGUCCUCGUGCGCUGUUGGUAUUGACAUCUCGACUUUUCCAUCAGUGUUAAAAUUUGAAAUGUUUUUGUGAUUUUAUGAAAAAAUGUCGCAUUUAUCGCGUGUUUUCCUCCACUCGCGUGAUUUGCCUCGUUUUUUAGGACAUUUCCGCGCGCGAAGAAGUUUUCACGCGUGUGUAACAACAAACUUAACCACACUUUCGCACACCGCUUUAGACCCCGUGUCCAAAGUCUUUCCUUUGGAUUUACACAAGAAGAGCUUUUCGAAAUUGCCUCGAAAGACCUUUAAUGGGGCGGCGACCGGAAGUGUGCGUUUUUUCAGUUCGAAGGACGACUCAGAUGGGGAAAAGCCUCCUGAGGAGGAGCCCUACAACACCCAAUUGCCGGCCACUGUGGCCGUGCCUGAGGUCUGGCCCCACGUGCCUGUCAUUGCCAUUAGUCGCAAUAUAGUUUUUCCACGUUUUAUUAAACUAAUCGAGCUCACUAAUCCGCAAUUAAUCGAGUUGAUAAGGCGCAAAGUUAAGUUAAAUCAACCGUAUUGUGGGAUUUUCCUGAAGAAAAAUGAGGAAAACGAUACUGAAGUUGUUAACAACAUUAAUGAUGUUUACAAUGUUGGGGUUUUCGCCCAAAUUCAUGAAAUGCAGGACUUGGGGGAUCGUUUAAGACUCGUCGUUAUGGCCCAUCGUAGGAUUAAGAUCACGGGGCAGAUCAUAGACAAUGACCAGGACGGAAUUAAAGAAAUGAAACUCAGCUUUCCACUUUUUAAAACCACAAUGAACGUGUUUGUAGAGGAAGCUGACGCGGAAAAACGGCGCAGAAAACCCGCCCGAAAUAACCGCGUUAAAAAAACAGAAACUAAAACACCAGACGAUAAAAAAGAGCCCCCAAAAGAACAGUUCUUAAUGGCCGAAGUCGAGAACGUCAUGCACAACAAAUUCAAACAAACCGAGGAAGUCAAAGCUUUGACUCAGGAAGUUAUUAAAACAAUUCGUGAUAUUAUUAGUUUAAAUCCUCUGUAUCGGGACAGUUUGCAACAAAUGAUGCAUCAGGGGCAGAGAGUGGUCGAUAAUCCGGUUUAUUUGAGCGACUUGGGGGCCGCUCUCACGGCCGCGGAAGCGAAGGAAUUACAGGAAGUUUUAGAGGAGAUGGAUAUUCCAAAACGCUUAAUGUUGUCACUCUCACUGCUCAAAAAAGAGUACGAGCUAUCGAAGUUGCAACAAAAAAUCGGGAAAGAAGUCGAGGAAAAGGUGAAGCAACACCACCGGAAGUACAUCCUCCAAGAACAACUCAAAGUGAUUAAGAAAGAAUUGGGCUUGGAGAAGGAGGAUAAAGACGCGGUAGGUGACAAAUUCCGGGAGAGAAUCAAAGAUAAAGUCUUGCCGGAAGCCGUCAACUCCGUAAUUGAGGAAGAAUUAAACAAACUCAAUUUCUUGGAAAGUCACAGUUCGGAGUUUAAUGUCACACGGAACUACCUCGACUGGUUGACGUCACUGCCUUGGGGGGUUUACAGCGAGGAGAAUUUAAAUUUGCAAAGAGCGUCGGAAAUUCUAGAUCAGGAUCAUUACGGAAUGGAGGAUAUUAAACGACGCAUUUUGGAAUUUAUCGCCGUUAGUCAGUUAAAAGGUUCGACUCAAGGGAAAAUUUUGUGUUUCCAUGGACCUCCCGGUGUCGGAAAAACUAGCAUCGCCAGGUCGAUCGCGCGUGCCUUGAAUCGGGAGUAUUUUAGGUUUUCGGUGGGUGGUAUGACCGAUGUGGCCGAAAUUAAGGGCCAUAGGAGGACCUACGUGGGGGCCAUGCCCGGAAAAGUCAUCCAGUGUUUGAAGAAAACGCGCACCGAAAAUCCCCUAAUUCUCAUUGAUGAGGUCGACAAGAUCGGCAAGGGAUACACCGGCGACCCGAGUUCGGCCCUCCUCGAACUGCUGGACCCGGAACAAAAUGCGAAUUUCCUCGACCAUUACCUCGAUGUUCCGGUUGAUUUAUCCAAAGUAUUGUUCAUUUGUACUGCGAACGUUGUCGAGACCAUUCCCGAGCCUUUGCGCGACCGUAUGGAAAUGAUAGAUAUGUCGGGUUACGUAGCAGAAGAGAAACUCGCAAUUGCGACCAAAUACCUCCUGCCACAAGCAAUGAAAGAUAGCGGUUUGAACGACCAACAUAUCAAAAUCGACGAUGAGGCUCUAAACACCCUCAUCAAGAGUUACUGUCGCGAAUCAGGCGUUCGAAACUUGCAGAAACACAUCGAGAAAGUGGUCCGAAAAGUUGCCUACAAAGUCGUGAAAGAAGAAACGAGCUUUGUUGAGGUCUCCAAUGCGAAUUUGGCCGAGUUUGUGGGCAAACCGGUGUUUUCGCAAGAGAGGAUGUACCCCACGACGCCCCCGGGGGUCGUCAUGGGGCUGGCGUGGACUGCUAUGGGGGGGUCAACUCUCUAUAUUGAGACCACAACGCGCAAAAUUGCAGCAGAGAAGGAAACAGACGGGUCUUUGGAAUUGACGGGGCAUUUGGGGGACGUUAUGAAAGAAUCGGCCAAAAUCGCCCUGACUGUGGCCAGGAAUUAUCUGUACAAAAUAGACAGCACUAAUAAAUUUUUGCAAAGUAGUCAUUUACACUUGCAUGUGCCAGAAGGCGCAACGCCGAAAGAUGGCCCUAGUGCGGGGUGUACAAUUGUCACUGCUUUGUUAUCGCUGGCUAAGAAUGAACCAAUCAGGCAGGAUGUAGCAAUGACGGGGGAGAUUUCACUGACGGGGAAGGUUUUACCGGUCGGAGGGAUCAAAGAGAAGACAAUUGCGGCCAAAAGAUCUGGUGUCAAGUGUAUAAUACUGCCAGAGGAAAACAAGAAAGAUUUCAAUGAUCUUCCGAAAUUUAUCACCGACGGGUUGGAAGUACAUUUCGUUAGUACUUACGACGAGGUUUAUAAUAUUGUUUUUAAUAAAAAUCUUUGAUUGUGAUAGUGUUCACUUUUUAUACAGACAAGUGUUUUAAUUGAUUUGUAUAAAAAUCGUAUUUAUUGUUCAAAAUAGUCGAAUAAAGUUUGGAUUAUUUGUUAUUCCUAUUUUCUAUGAAAUAAAAAUUUAAGACUGA